UCUCGUCGCGGCGGCGCGCUGCUGCCUAUAACCGCCGCGGCACAGUGCUGCUCUCGCCACAGGUCUUGCGCCGCGCAUCGCGUUGCUUCGGGUGGGCCGCUCGGGCUGUCGAGAGAGAGAGAGAGAGAGAGAGAGACAGGAGGCGGGCUUUACCUCCCUACCGAAACCACUCGCACGUAACACUCUCGACACACCUGCUGUCACCACACCAUCCACCGAAGCCUCUCUGUGGCACACCGUCUCGAGCCCGCCGUUCCUCGGUGAAUCCAGCCGCGAGUGGUGAGACUGCCCGGCGCUGUCGCAUUCUUCCUCCCUUCACCGGCUGCUGCUGCUGCGAAGAAAGUGGUGCAGCCGGCUUUGGAUUCGGCGUCACCGGAGGCGCUUGCGAAGAAGACCCCGGGGAGAAGUCGCCGUGUCGAAGAGCAGACGACGUCAAGCAGUGCUGCUGCUUCGUCUGCAGCGGACAACCGGUGGCGCGGUUGCGUAAAAACGGCUUCGCGCCACGGUCCCUUUUGCCGAGGAGGUCCCGUGGUGACGAGACCACGCCUUUCGACGGCCCUGCCUUGCCAAGGUUGUGUCCGGCCUGCGUUGGGAGAAACUAAAUUACCAGCUAGAGUCGACUGUUGAUCGUCUGCUCUGGGAACAACAACCUGACCGUGCUGCCCGUGAGCCGGAACGAUAGGAUGACCAGCAGCGCCGAUCACAUCGAGGAGGGACCCCGUUCUCCUCCGCUCCUCGGAUGAUCCGUUUGAAACGAGCAUGGUGCUCCGGGGCGCGCCUGGAAGCGGCGAGUGUCCCGAGCCGUGCGACCCCGGAUGCAGAUGACCAGCGCGGCAGCUCGGCCCGGCAGGACGCCAUGGCCGUCAAGUGGGAGAAGCUCUCUCCGGCCGAGUUCCAGCAGCUGCAGGACUACGUCCAGUAUUCAUCAAAGAAGCUUCCAGACGUUCUUGAGGAAUUCAAGGAGAAUGGAGCCCUGUCCAAGUACAACGCCGAAGGGGACAUCGACCUGGAGGGCUUCCAGGCCUUUAUGGACACCUACCUGGAGAUGGACACUCCCCGGGAUCUGGUCAAACACUUGUUCCUCUCGUUCGUCCGAAAGCCCGCCCCGCCGCGCGCACAGAUCGCCGACGGAAGGCUGCUCAAGUUCCGUCAUCUGGUGGCGGGCAAAUUUCAGAAGGACGAAACGCUAGAUGAUAGGAAGACGACGGCCGUGUUGCAUAGGACACUAACCGGCGGUUCCCUUGACAAGAGUGCCAAGAUGGCGGCCGUGACGUCGACGACUGCGUGCGCUCCCAUCACGUCGCACACUGCGGCGGCUCACAGCGGAUCCCUGCCGGAGUUAGCCAAGCAGGCAGCGCAGGGAGCGGCCACGCAGGGUGGGCCUGCCGUGAUGGCUGGCCAGGAGCAGCCGCAGCAGCAGGCGCCUCGGCGCACCGAGGAGCGACCGCACCUGCACCUGGGCUUCGCUGAGCGACUGCACGGCCUCACAGAGAAGCUGCACAGCCACCUGCGAGGAGAGGGCGCUGACACCAGGGGCCGCACAGGAAGUGCUUCUAUCCACCCGGUGGUGACGGUGACGCAGAACUACGGCGAUUCGACCGAUUCCUCGCCCAACCAGAGCCAAGUGUCCCGAAAUUCUUCCAGAAAGUCAAACAGCUCCCUGCUCGUGCACAGCGUGGACUUGAAGCCUCUUCGGAAAACGAGCAGCCACAUCGAUGUGCACACGGUGCGCGUGCCCCUCAAAGACAUCAUCUGCUACCUCUCGCUCAUGGAAGCCGGGCGGCCCGAGGACAAGCUGGAAUUCAUGUUCAGAUUGUACGACACAGAUGGAAACGGUUACCUUGACAACAAUGAGACAGAGUGCAUAGUGAAUCAAAUGAUGAGCGUCGCCGAGUACCUGGGCUGGGACGUGUCAGAGCUGAAGCCGAUUCUUCAGGAGAUGAUGGUGGAGAUUGACUACGACGCCGACGGGACUGUGUCGCUCGAAGAAUGGAAGCGCGGCGGCAUGACCACCAUCCCGCUGCUUGUGCUGCUCGGGCUAGAUGCGAACGUCAAAGAUGACGGAAACCACGUGUGGCGUCUUAAGCACUUCAACCGGCCUGCCUACUGCAAUCUCUGCCUGAACAUGCUUGUCGGACUCGGAAAGAAGGGACUCUGCUGCGUCUUUUGCAGGUAUACUGUCCAUGAACGCUGCGUGCAGAGGGCGCCUGCAUCCUGCAUUAACACUUACGUCAAGUCCAAGAAGAGCUCGCAGGCUCUCGUUCAUCACUGGACGGAAGGAAACUGUACGGGGAAAUGCAGCAAGUGCAAAAAGGCGAUUAAAAGCUACAACGGCAUCACCGGACUGCAUUGUCGCUGGUGCCAAAUGACGCUUCACAACCAUUGCGCGCCGCAAGUGAAGCCGGACUGCGGCCUUGGACCACACCGAGACCAUAUCCUGCCGCCAACAUCUAUAUGUCCAGCUGUCUUGGAGAGACAACGAAGCGUCGGCAGUAGCCAGAAGAAACAGCUCUCUAGGUCAGAUUCCAACAAGAUUUCCGACAGCGGCCAAGGCAAUGUUUCUGCCAUGUCAUUCCAAGUCACACCCGUCUCUGGAACCCAUCCCCUUCUAGUGCUCAUCAACCCCAAAAGCGGAGGUCGACAGGGUAUGAGGAUAUUGAGAAAAUUUCAGUACUUGCUGAAUCCUCGACAAGUGUACAAUGUUGCCAAAGGGGGACCAAUUCAAGGGCUUCAAUUUUUCAAGGACAUCACGAAUUAUCGGGUCUUAUGUUGUGGAGGCGACGGUACUGUGGGCUGGGUGUUAGACACAAUGGACAAGUUAAACUACGCCCAACUUCCUCCAGUAGGAAUCCUUCCUCUUGGAACAGGGAACGACCUCGCACGAUGUCUUCGGUGGGGACCAGGUUACGAAAACGAGAGCCUAGAGAAGAUACUGCAGAAAGUUGAGAAGUCCACGACGGUCAUGAUGGAUCGCUGGAAGAUCGACAUCAGUAACACAGCCAAUUCCGACGAGCGUGGAGACCCUAUUCCCUGCAACAUCUUCAACAACUACUUCUCCAUAGGCGUGGACGCAUCAAUAGCUAUCAAGUUUCAUUUGGAAAGGGAGAAGCACCCCGAAAAGUUCAACAGCAGGAUGAAGAACAAGAUGUGGUAUUUUGAAUUCGCUACGUCAGAGACGUUCUUCGCGACGUGUAAAAACCUUCACGACGAUGUCGACAUCAUGUGCGACGGUGUCUCGCUGGAACUGUCCAACGGGCCAUCUCUGCAGGGCAUCGCGGUGCUCAACAUCCCCAGCAUCUACGGUGGCUCGAACUUGUGGGGAGACAAUGCCUCGUCACGGCGCCGCUCGCGGUCUAAGCGACGCAAGAAGCACGAACGGGACAUCUCCACCAACAGCUUCAACUCGAUUGACCUGAGCAGUGCCGUACAAGACAUCGGCGACCGGCUUAUCGAAGUGAUCGGCCUGGAGAGCAGCAUGCACAUGGGUCAAGUCAAGGCUGGACUCCGGGCUUCCGGCCGCAGACUGGCGCAGUGCUCCUCGGUGGUCAUACGGACAAGGAAACGGUUCCCAAUGCAAAUUGACGGCGAACCUUGGGUACAGCCACCUUGCACGAUACAAAUAACCCACAAGAACCAGAUGCCGAUGCUUAUGGCGCCAGCUCCGACGAACAAGUCCAGGUUUCCUUUCUUCUCCUUCCGGAAGUCGUGAUUCUCGCCUUCUUCCGCUUCACCCACAACGUUCUCCACUGCUUUCGCCUUCGGCACUUGUUCGUCGUUGUUGCUCCUGACUGUGCCGAGCCCUGCACGCUGCGUGUCGUACCGCUGUCCGUUACAGAGACUGCAUUUAGUUUACGUGUAUCUUGUUAACUUAUAUUAUGUACAUACAUCUGUAUAGACAUUCGCCCAUUCACUGCUGUUUAAUCUUAUUGACCAGGGUCCUAGUGACUUUGCAAGUGCACUCGCUGUAUGCUGCUUCAUUUUUUGCCUGUCAACGUGUGAAAAUGUGUUUUAACGCCUGCUGAAAUGAUAUGCUGAGAUAUAUUUGUUAAUUUUGCUGGCGCUUUUGUCGAGUGCUGUUCCAGUGACAGAAUGCUUCUCGAGUUGUGUUGGACGGAAGACCAGUUGUGUACAGAGUGCGAAAGGUUACAGGCUGAAAUUAUUUCCCAGUUUUAUGUGGCGUUCGAAUUUUUACGAGAAGCUAAAGGCAACAAACGUUAUUGUAUAUGUGAGCAUAUGUCGUGUCGUAUCUGUCAAUAAGGCAAAUCAGGAGGCGUUUACAUAUGUCCCGCUUUAAUUAAACUAUCUGCAACUUCAUAAUAGUAUUGCGACUCCGCAGACGCGGCGUUUGGUUUUCCUUAAAUGGCACCAUACCCGUUAUUGUUUCUAUGCGGUGCGCAGCGCCUUGUUUGGCGCACUUGUUUCGGCAUACGAGAGAUUGCCGUCGCUUCUGAUCAGGCGAGUGUAACAUAUUUUCCCCGCGCAGCUAAAGCGCCUCGCAAAGCCCAUUUUCUUCGUGUGCGUAAAGCUUCCAGUUGUCCAUUUCGUGAAUAGUCAUAAGCGUGUUUCCGAAGCGCCCUCUAGCGGCAGUUCGAGGAGGCCAAUUCGGCACCGGAAGCUUCCGUUAAACCUGCCGCGACGUCAACUUCGGUGCGCUUUGGAUUCCAUCACUUGAAAGAGUAUUUCUGUCUACGGCAUAACAUAUCCGAGUGUACUGACGAAGGAUUGUGCCUGCGUCAGUGUGCCAUGCACGUGUCCUUAGUGGACCAGUUUGUGAAUCUCAGCUUUUGUAUGAUCCGCUGUAUAUGGUCAGCAUCCGGGUGCCACCGGCCGACCCCCCGUAACCCGACCCGUUUCUCAUUCUUAAAAUUUGUUUAUAUCAUGCAAAAGAGGGAGAAAGUUUAGGCACAUUUAAGAGCACUGAAAAUGGUGACUCCGGGUAAUUAAAACGAAAUUAGCGUGGCGAAUUAUCAUGAAUGUGCAGUCGCUCUCAUGAGCCCCUUGGUAAGAAAAAAUGUCUUUUUUUCCUCUACUUUGGUGAUUAUAUUCGAUAUAAAGCGUCAAUUCGAAUAUUAUGUCCACCUUGAUGUACACGCUACCUUUGAUGUCUGAAACGCGAAGCUUUCAAAAGCUGGCUUCUUUAUAAAUCGUGCCUUAGUGAAAGUGCGUACAAAACUUUUUAAACAACCUUUUCUUUGUGUUGCUAAGCUCUAAGUGUUCAUGUGAGCGUUCAUAAUUCAGACACCAUUGCUUACCUGUUUGCUCAUAAGCCGAUCGGCUUUUAGAAGCGUUUGCAGCGUCCUUAGCUUUUUCCUGUUUUUUUUAUUUUCUUUUUAUUUGUAAGCGCCAACAAAACAUAUUUACUAGCUAAGCAUUCUCUGUAACUUAAGGGGCAAGUACAAUAUCGUUGGUGCUGAGUUCUAGUCUGCUGCUGACACAAGAAGCCGUCCUAGGUAUCUAAGGAUCGAGGUACAGAUUGCGGGAGGCAAGCUGUUGACAUUCACGAGAUACUCAUUUCUUCUAAAUGGCCUUUAUUUUGCCUUACACAGGAGUAGCAUGCUAUCGGUGGACUUAAUUUCAGAGCAGAGAGAGCAGCUCUUAAUCUAGCGGACGAUUCCAUUAGCGGUGUCACUGUUGAAGAGAGAGGGAAACAGAAAAUAAAGCUGACAUUCACAAAGAACUGCGCUGCAGGGAGGCAUUGUAGGUGUGAGUGAAGUUCGCAAUAUAAAAAGCCGUCAUCUUGCGCGACGUUCUCUUUUGCUGCAGCUUCGCACGUCCACGUGGUUUGCACCCGUCACUGUACAUACACCAAGGAGCAUUUCUCGCGUGAGAGCUGUAUAUUCUAUAUAAGCACUCCUAGCUACACUAAGUGCAUAAUGUAUUGACCACAUUUUGCUCGGGAGCGAAGGUUAUAGGUCAGCCAGCCUCGAAAACUUCACCGUGGUCUCCAACGACCAGCCUGAUCGCUUCCUUACUUGCGGCGCCGCCGCGCUUCGCCGCAUUCUUUUGUUACGCCUGCUUCGCACUAUACACUUGUAAAUCAAAACUUGUUGCGCCCAGGAACACGGGACAUCGCAGUUAACCGCUUAUCCAUACCUCAGCAUGCUGACAUAUUUAAAUGAAGCGCAAUGGUCAGAUAAAAAGCUGAGCUGAGAACCAUAAACUGCAGAAAAGGCAGAGCCUGAUGAAGGCCAGGCACCCUAACUUUGUGUGAGCUCACAUCAAUGUUUAUGCCGCACAUGCUUACGUACCACCUGUUUUACUUUGGUAACUGCUGGUUUCGGUAAUUACAUCGCAUAGGAUCUGCAUUUCACUUUCCUAGGCAGCAGACAGGUCAUGGUACAGGUUAUGUGCUGUCGCGCAGAUGAGGAUCAUGUGGUAUUCUUUAUGCUUUAAAAUUGUGCAUAUUAAAGGCCGACGCGACACUUGUGUGCAUCUUACGGACCAGGACAACGUGAUGGGAGUUGUGCUAGCAGUUUUGUGGAUAUCUACUGUCAACCCGUGGUUCGGGCGGUCUUGUUUUGAUUACAGCGACACAAUAAGUUUUCCUUAACAGGUUGCACGUUACAAACAUAAGAACCAACCGAAGCCUUAACAUUGGUUCAUGCUGUAGUCCUGCACGAACAGAAAUGUAGAAUGGCAGCCACAAACAUGAACGCUGGUUCUGCAGUGCACCGCAAGCCACCUACUAGGUCAUAGUGUUGAUAGUCGGGGGAGUCGGUGUCGAUCAAUUCUCUGAAUGAUGAAACACCAAGACAGUUCUCUUUUACUCCCUUUCUUUAUUUUUGGGUUGUUUCUAGCCUGUUCUAUGCGAUGUCCCGCGCCCUGCCGCAGCAACCUAGUCCUCUAGUUUUGUGAAGUCUGUCGCACUUUAAUACUUGCUGCUCCACAAGGAAUCCAGCUGAGGUGCGCAGUUGCCGUUGAAGGAGGGCACAGCGCGUUUUUAAUGAAGGCGUUGCUAACUUAUUUACAUACGAAGUGUUGUUCAUGUGCAUGUUAAAAAGAAAGAAAAAAGGUGUUUAUAUAUAUAUAUAGCAUUUCUAUCAUGUAAUAUAUCUAUAUAUAUUUAUCUUGCUUAAAGCGGUAGUGAGAGCAGAUCGCACGAUGAAACAUAAAGCAGCGAUGAUUCAUAACAGAUCAUAUCAUGUACGUAGAAGAAUAUAAAUAUAUAUAGUUUCGCAUAAGCCCGUCACUUUCAUGUUGAGUGGAGGAGCACGGUAUUUACUCCUCCAGCUGCAACAAUGCGCAGCUCUUUUGUAUUGUUGUUCUUAAUGCAAUGAUUUCUUUUAUGUUAAUACAAUGAACUCCAUGCUUCAAUAUUGUCUAGAGUAAGAUAAACAGGAUCGUGCACUAACAUAACUCAUUAUGUAGCCAACCGCGAUUGCUGCAAAUGUGUAGGGCUAACCUUAAUGUCCAUAGAGGGCCAGACGGAUGUACUACCAGGGACCUCUUUCAACGGCUAUCGAAAAAAAGCCCGUAUCUCUAGUACAGAGGUGCCCUCUAAGAUUUUAUGUAACUGCAAGUACAGAAAGUUGUUAACUGUUUGUAUUAUGAAGUAGAUAUAAGAAAAUGUAACAGCUAUUUAACUCACGCGACGUGCACUUCACUCGCACUGCAUCUCAUUCGCGCGUGACAUCCGCAUAUGUUGGUACAAAUACCCUCUGCUCACGUGGUUUCCCCUUCUCGCAGCAUUUUUUUUUUAAUUUAACGACCCUGUUUUAUGAUGUCGUGCUGUCGGUGCAGCGCAGGAUUCACUGCGUCUAACUUCGCAGACAACACUCCCUGAUGCGGGAAGGCUGAGAUACUUGACGCUGCAGCGACAUUUUUUUUUUCUCUCUUUGUUCGUGCAGAGAUCGCAUUUCUACGUUAUGGGCAAACCGUGCUCAACUAAGAACGAUCUUUCUGUGCACACGACAAAUUCCUGCUUCACUUUACAUAACAUGAAUCCAGCAGUUCUGCGUUUUAAGCGCGCGGCAUUUCUGGUGAAAUUCGUCGUAUAAGGCCGCUAUGUUUUCACAUCUCUGCGAUAACUUCAACGCGCUGCGACAGCAUGCUGAAGGCAUUGACGACCACUUCAUCAGAUACGAAGGUUCACUUAGAAUGGUAAAUCCAGGCUUUUCAGACACUCUAAGAAAAAGAUUACCUGUGACUCUUUUUGUCUAGUCCUGGCUUCCCACACACCUUAACUCUCACUAAAGAUACGUGUACGUUAAUUAUCUAUUGGAGAGUCGUGCCUCAAAAAGAAAAUUAAAAAAAGGAGAGAAUUACCACUCUCCAAAAGAAUGUUAACGCAUAUCUUUAAAGACAGUUAAGCGUUUGGAAAGUCAGGGCUCACGAAAAAAAGUAGCAAGUAAUAAAUGUCCUUCUUGGAGCGGAGGCACAGCACUUUUUGUCUAAAGUGCGAAGAAUUACACCAAAUUUGUGAAAAACGGCACAGAUAUUAUUUGAACGGGUAUGCGAAUGCUCAUCCCUGUCGUUGUGGUACACUUUGUAAACAGUCGCAGCUGUCUCAACCGUUUUAGCUUUUUUUUUUCUAUAGCUCUGUGUGCAUCUGUAAUGUCAUGUACAUACGUAUACAUAGGUAAGCAAUGUACUUGGAACGUUGCGUGCAAGAGUGUGCGUGCUCUUACGACUUCAUGCAUGCAUAUAUAUAUACACAUAUAUUGAUUUCUGUGGUUCCCAUUGUUAGUGGUAUAUAUACAGAUACAAUAUAUAUCGACGAUGAGAAAACAAGUUGCGCUACUUUGAUCAUACCUGCCGUAGUGGUAUUCUGUACACAGUACUGUGUAUAACUUUCCUGUCACGUGCGAGAGUGUGUCGUCUGUCCGCAUACGUAUGCCGCGCAUGAGACCCCGUAGCUAGCCGUUGGCCGUCAGUGUAUUUCGACGCGCUGUCUUCCUGGCAAACGGCUUUUCCUGACGUCUCUUUCCGUAUCCGCCUGUAGGAGAACCAUCCCGAUAACGCCACUCUUGUUAUAUACCAACCUUGUCCCAACCUAAACGGCUAUAUUUCUUCAUGAAUACAGAAAAUCAGUUCCAUGGAGUGCCACAAGAUGUGACAUCCAUCCGUUUGUGGCACAAAGGUAAUCAGAGAGCCACACGGAUUUCUCGGGAAAGCUUCUAAACUGGUUAGCUUAGUUUGAAAAGCGACCGCCCCGGAAAGACUUUGGUCCCUGGCUGGAACCCCAAACCAGGACGACUUUUUCGUCAACUAAGCAGCUUUCUUUCUGAGAAAUCUAUAGGGAUUUCGUGAUAGCUUUGUGCCGUAGACGGGCGGAUGUCAAGUUUUAUUUUCAAUAUUUCAACCUACAGAAAACGUUACCUAUGCCAUGUACAUUGUGUUCUUUUGCCGAGACUUUCAUUAUGAGCACUUGCACAGCACGUUGGCAGACGCUAGAAGUUUUUCAUCUUAUUUUGACUCACGAGUUAACUUCGCAUUAGUGCUGAAAGAAAUGCGCCGUUUUCCGUAAUUUAGCAAGUGGACUACACUUCAGGGCGUGCAACAGUUCUCGAAUAAUUCGAAUAGCACGUUAUACCAGUUUUAGCCGUUUCAACUUAGCGAAAAAUGCCGGACGUGCCAAACCGGAGUCCAUGGCAUCUUCUUCUCUUCCUUAUUGAAAUAUUUUGUUCAUUUCGUAACAUCUCGGAAAGGACGAGUCGUCCAAGGAAGCCAUUCGCUUAGCAGGAUGUAAUAUUUAAAGAAAAGCCGACCACGCCCUGUUUCCAGUGACGUACUUUCCGGACAAACAAAGAAGAUUAAUGAUCUGGCAAGACAUCUUUUAGCUAUAAUAUACUGCAGCCUAACUCGUUCCCAUGUCAUUAUGCCUUUUACCUGAUACAUGCGAGGCUGCUUUCCUUCCUAUACAUGUCGCGUUGCGAAGGUUGCGGAAUUUAUGCCGCAUUUACGCGUAUCGCCUAACCUAUAGAGCCCCCCCCCCCUCCUCUCCCUUCCUAAAUAGUUAGUGGACUCUAUGUAAGCUGUUAGUAUGUGUACUUCUCAGAUAUGUGCAUUAGGAUCAACGGUUGCGUAAAUGCAACGUAUCUGCUUGCGCACCGUUGCUGUCGAGUGGAAGCGAGACUGUUCUUUUCGAUAGCCGCUGUUCAGGUGAAUCUGUAAAGGCCUACCUGUAGUCAGUGUAACGUUUGUACCUCUUCCCUACAACUACUUUACCGAGGGCUACUUUCGCAGCGCUACUGUGGAAAUGUGCGUCUAAAUAUUCCCUUUUCCCAUCGUUGCCCGCAUGGAGUGUUGUAUAAGGACGCAUUAUUAUUAGUAUGUCUUAUUUUUCCACUAUUUAAUGGAAACCUGUUGUUACAUCCCUUCGCGAUAAUUAAAUGUGAGUCUCCGUGUGAGAUAUCUGUAUAUAAUAAAUGAUAUAUGAGAUGUUCUACAUUUCACCUAUUUAUUUAUUGCUGAUCUGAAUAAAAGUACAUGUUACCACGAAAA